AGAGGCUCACAACUAGUUAAUAAUUGUUAUUUUUUUAUUUUAGUGUUAUAAGAACUCUUUAGAAAGUAGAUUGGAAUGAAAUGAAUUGAGACGUAAUCCCAUUCAGGGUCUGGCUCGGAAGAUGGACACUUGCCGAGAACGCGUUCAAGAACUGACUCGACUUUUAGAAGACGCAGAUCCGGUUCUGGCAAAGUCACCAGAGGUCGUGCGGGUGGUUGAGUUCAUCAAGAAAACCACCAAGCCCCUAACUGUGACAGAACUAUUGGACCCUAGCGAUAAAUUUACAUAUGCCGACAUAGCGGCUGGUCGAGUCAGCCCUAGUCCAUUCUCAGAAACAAGCGAUAGGAAAGUUGAAACACCCACUCAACUUAUAGUUUCUAAGCCAAUUGCAAUUAAAACUCAAACCCCUAAACACUAUGAAGAACAUGAAAUUGAAAAAGAAGUGGUAUUGAAACAAGUCCCUGCAUUGACUUUUGAAAAACCCGUAGUAAAAACAAAUGAGGAAAUUUUCUCAACUACAGAGACAAAUGACAACUUAACCCCACCAAAGUCAUUGCGUCGUGGACGAUCUCCGAAUCGCCGUGGAGCUCCUAAAGAUAUUCAAGAGGAUGCGUUCAAACUACCCCCAAAAUCAAAACCUUCCACCAACGGUACAGCUAAAAAGUUUGCUGAUUCUAUGGAAAGCAAUAAAUCCGAACUUAAUGCCAAAACCCUUGUAAAAAGACUACUAGCCCCUGAAUCUGUACGAGGAAGAUCACCUAGUCCCUUUUACAUCGCAGGAGAAAGUGCUUCAUAUGCCCAAAUGGUCAAAAGUGGAUCUAGACCACAAAGCAGAUCCGCUACCCCUGAUAGAUCAAGAGAACGAAUGAUUCAAAUCAAAACGGCUGAUCAAGAACUAGUUACCCAAACAAUUGAUAGUAGACCUGCAGACAUAGGGAAACAAAUUGUUGAAAAUAUUAAAAUCAUACAAACACAUAAAAAAGAUAUAAAGGGUGUAAGUGAAAAUACCUCACAGAGUGCUAAGGAAAUUGUAGAAAUUGCAACUGAUUUAACAAAGCCAACAAUACCUGUGCAAGAGCUACAUGCUGUCCAAAAACCUCGAAAACCCACCAAAGUUUCUGCAUCACCUUCCAUUGUGAAAACAAAAGUUGAUUCAACCAGCAAAGACACCAAACAAAAGCUCCAGAGCAAGUCUAAAUGUGAUAAUAAACCAACUACUCCUACUCCAUCUCCAGUCGAACUUGUUGGACAUUUUCCUGUCAAUCCUAUUCAACCAGAUAUUCACAUCACUGAUUUUCAAAGCUUAACCUCUGAGUUACAAUAUCCUACAACAUUCACAGACCCUCAGGGUGGACUACAUUAUCCGCCAGGAUUAUUCCAACCUUACAUCGGACCUGAAGGUGAAGUGGCCAGUUUUAUCGCUUCAGGACAGCAACUGAUUAGUUCAGGAUUAGGAACUUAUACGACUUCAGAACCGUACUGCGAACAACCUUUAUUUGUUGAAGAUUCAUUUGGCGUUAAUACAGGGAUGUAUACCAUUCCACAAAAUCCUGACUAUCAGUCUCAUGUCUUUGUCAGUAACUCACAGAGCUAUAUUCCAAGUUUUGAAAGCCAUACUGCAUUUACUCACCUUGAGAGCGAACCGUUAGCUCUUCGAGCUGACAACGAAAGUGUGUCAUAUGCAAGUAUUUUGGCUCAAGGUAUAACAGAAGAUCCACAUCUGAGCCAAAGCCGUUUGCAGUUGCAAACGGAGGUUCAGCAGUGGAGUAUUCCACCUACUCGUGAUGUCAGCUUGAUUACAAGUAGUGUUGGAAGUGAGACAGUUGGCAAGAAGGAAAAUGAAUCUAAAUCUUUAAUAAAACCUGAUAAAAAUGUAGAUGGUAAAGACAUAAAGAAAGAAGAUAAAACUCAUGGAAAGAAAGGAGAGCCUUUUGACACAAAGUUAGGCGGAGCUGCAGAAAAAAGUAGUUCAGAUCAAAACCUUGAUGGUCAACAAAAGAAAAAGAAACAAAAAACAAAGACCCUCAAACAAGCCAAAGACAAAGAACAAGUUGAAACCCCAGAAGAAAAAGAUGUUCCAAAUAAAAAGCCAAGCCAACAGGACCAAAACGAAAAGGCGAAAUCAACAAUCACAAUGAAAGAUUCACCUUUACCUGAAGAUUCAAAAAUUGAGAAAUCAGCCAGUUUAGAAAACCAAUCGCAAACAGAUAAAGAUAAAAACUUAUCUAAUAAUGCCAACACAAAAAGUGCAAAGUCUAAGUCAAAGGAGAAGCAAAAUACAAGUGAAAAAAAUAAACCUAUUGCUAAUCCUGCUGUGGUUGUUAAUCCCAAAGUCAAAGCAGUUGAGAUUAAAGACUCAGAAGAAAAAUCAUUGUUGGGCAAUAAAACAUCAGAGACACUUUCAGCAACUCCUAAAAGUGGUGAAGGAUAUACUCUGAAAGGAAAAAGGAAGGAAAAUACAAAAAAUAAAAGUGGUAAAACUACCUCACCAGCAAGAACAGUCGAAAGUAGUAAAGGUGUUACUGAAGAAGUUCAAGAAACACAUGUGGAUGCAACAGUUUCACCAAGUAACGAGCCACCUGCAAAAGAACUGAUCAGUACUGAACCAAAAUUAGCCAGUAAUCAAUCCAACAAAAAGAAGAAAAGGAAAGUUCUUGAGAAACUAGACUCUGCUAAAAGCAACAUUUCAAAGAUGACUGAUGACGAGGGAAAAGAAGUUGAAACUAGCCUUCCAACGGUAGAACCAGUCAAAAAAGAAGAUUCAAUUGGAAACCCCAAUUUAUGUGAAGACCAAACUGUUUCAGAAAAUGUGUCUGCAAAGAGCAAAAGAGUCCAUAACUCUCACCAGAAACAACAAAAAACGCAAGUUAAAAGUGCUAAAAUGUCCGAGUCAAGUGCUGAAAAUAAAAAUCAACAAGAUGUUUUAGAAAUAAAAACAGGAGAUGAAAAAUUUUCCAACCUUACUAAACAAGAGAAAUUAGGUGACCAGCAAAAUAAGAAGAAGAAAAAGAUAGCUAUCAACCCCGCUCCACCUCAGGAUACUACAAAAGGUAAAAAAGAAGACAGUGCUAUAGCAUCUCUUACGGAUGAAAAUCAGAAAAUUAGUGAGCAGUUUAAUAAAAAGCAAAAAAAUAAUCCUGAAACCAAAUCUAAUGUUACUGGAGAAACUGUUGUAAAAGAAGAUUUAACUAUUAGUGUUACAGUUGACAAAAAACAUGAUGGGAAAGGUAAAAACCUGAAAGCCGUUCCACCUCAGGAUACUACACAAGAUAUAAAAGAAGUCAGUGAUAAAACAACUUCUUCUGAUGCAAAUCAGAAAAUUAGUGAACAGUGCAAUAAAAAGCAGAAAAAGAAACCUAAUGCCAAAUCCAGUGUUACUAAAGAACCUGUUGUAAAAGAUUUGCCCAUCAGUGUUACUGUUGACAAAAAAGAGGAUGAUAAAGGUCAAAACCUGAAAGCAACUCCCCCUCAAGAUACUACAAAAGAUAAAAAAGAAGACUGUAUUAAAGCAUCUCCUGCUAAUGCAAAUCAGAAAAUUAGUGAACAGUCCAAUAAAAUGCAUAAAAAGAAACAUGAUGCCAAAUCCAGUGUUGCUGAAGAACCUGUUAUAAAAGAUUUGCCUAUCAGUGUUACUGUUGACACAAAAGAGGACGAGAAAAGUCAAAACCUGAAAGCCAUUCCUCCUCAAGAUACUACAAAAGAUAAAAAAGAAGACUGUAAUAUAGCAUCUCCUGCUGACGCAAAUCAUAAAAUUAGUGAACAGUCCAAUAAAAAGCAGAAAAAGAAACCUGAUGACAAAUCCAGUGUUGCAGAAGAACAUGUUGUAAAAGACUUGCCUAUCAGUGUUACUGUUGACAAAAAAGAGGAUGAGAAAAGUCAAAAACUAAAAGUAACUCCAUCUAAGGAUACUACAAAAGAUAAAAAAGAAGACAGUGAUAAAACCUCUCCUGCUGAUGCAAAUCACAAAAUUAGUGAACAGUCCAAUAAAAAGCAUAAAAAGAAACCUGAUGACAAAUCCUGUGUUGCUGAAGAACCUUUUGUAAAAGAUUUGCCUAUCAGUGUUCCUGUUGACACAAAAGAGGACGAGAAAAGUCAAAACCUGAAAGCCAUUCCCCCUCAAGAUACUACAAAAGAUAAAAAAGAAGACUGUAAUAUAGCAUCUCCUGCUGACGCAAAUCAGAAAAUUAGUGAACAGUCCAAUAAAAAGCAGAAAAAGAAACCUGAUGACAAAUCCAGUGUUGCAGAAGAACAUGUUGUAAAAGACUUGCCUAUCAGUGUUACUGUUGACAAAAAAGAGGAUGAGAAAAGUCAAAAACUAAAAGUAACUCCAUUUAAGGAUACUACAAAAGAUAAAAAAGAAGACAGUGAUAAAACCUCUCCUGCUGAUGCAAAUCACAAAAUUAGUGAACAGUCCAAUAAAAAGCAUAAAAAGAAACCUGAUGACAAAUCCUGUGUUGCUGAAGAACCUUUUGUAAAAGAUUUGCCUAUCAGUGUUCCUGUUGACACAAAAGAGGACGAAAAAAGUCAAAACCUGAAAGCCAUUCCCCCUCAAGAUACUACAAAAGAUAAAAAAGAAGACUGUAAUAAAGCAUCUCCUGCUGAUGCAAAUCAGAAAAUUAGUGAACAGUCCAAUAAAAAGCAAAAGAAGAAACCUAAUGACAAAUACAGUGUUGCUGAAGAACCUUUUGUAAAAGAUUUGCCAAUCAGUGUUACUGUUGACAAAAAAGAGGAUGAGAAAAGUAAAAAACUGAAAGCGUCUCAACCUCAGGAUACGACACAAGAUAAAAAAGAAAAAAGUGAAAAAGCAUCUUCUUCUGAUGCAAAUCAGAAAAUUAGUGAACAGUCCAAUAAAAAGCAGGAAAAGAAACCUGAUGCCAAAUCCAGUGUUACGGAAGAACCUGUUGUAAAAGUUUUGCCAAUCAGUGUUACUGUUGACAUAAAAGAGGAUGAAAAAAGUCAAAACCUGAAAGCCACUCUCCCUCAAGAUACUACAAAAGAUAAAAAAGAAGACCGUAAUAAAGCAUCUUCUGCUGACGCAAAUCAGAAAAUUAGUGAACAGUCUAAUAAAAAGCAGAAAAAGAAACCUGAUUCCAUAUCCGAUGUUGCUGAAAAACCUGUUGUAAAAGAAGAAAUAACUAUUAGUGUUGCAGUUGACAAAAAAGAUGAUGGGAAAAGUAAAAACCUGAAAGCCGCUCCACCUCUGGAUACUACACAAGAUAAAAAAGAAGACAGUGAUAAAACAUCUCCUUCCGAUACGAAUCAGAAAAUAAGUGAGCAGUGCAAUCAAAAUCAGAAAAAUAAACCUGAUGCCAAAUCCAGUGUUGCAGAAGAACAUGUUGUAAAAGACUUGCCUAUCAGUGUUACUGUUGACAAAAAAGAGGAUGAGAAAAGACAAAAACUGAAAGCAACUUCAUCUAAGGAUACUACAAAAGCUAAAAAAGAAGACAGUGUUAAAACUUCUCCUGCUGAUGCAAAUCAGAAAAUUGGUGAACAGUCCAAUAAAAAACUGAAAAAGAAACCUGAUGCCAAAUCCAGUGUUGCUGAAGAACCUGUUGUAAAAGAUUUGCCUAUGAGUGUUACUGUUGACAAGAAAGAGAAUGAGAAAAGUGAAAACCUAAAAGCCUCUCCACCUCAGGAUACUACACAAGAUAAAAAAGAAGACAGUGUUAAAACCUCUCCUGCUGAUGCAAAUCAGAAAAUUAGUGAACAGUCCAAUGAAAUGGAGAAGAAUAAACCUGAUGACAAUUCCAGUGUUGCUGAAGAACCUGUUGUAAAAGAUUUGCCUAUCAGUGUUACUGUUGACACAAAAGAGGACGAGAAAAGUCAAAACCUGAAAGCCAUUCCCCCUCAAGAUACUAUAAAAGAUAAAAAAGAAGACUGUAAUAAAGCAUCUCCUGCUGACGCAAAUCAGAAAAUUAGUGAACAGUCCAAUAAAAAGCAGAAAAAGAAACCUGAUGCCAAAUCCAGUGUUACGGAAGAACCUGUUGUAAAAGAUUUGCCAAUCAGUGUUACUGAUGACAUAAAAGAGGAUGAAAAAAGUCAAAACCUAAAAGCCACUCUCCCUCAAGAUACUACAAAAGAUAAAAAAAAAGACUGUAAUAAAGCAUCGUCUGCUGACGCAAAUCAGAAAAUUGGUGAACAGUCCAAUAAAAAACAGAAAAAGAAACCUGAUGCCAAAUCCAGUGUUUCUGAAGAACCUGUUGUAAAAGAUUUGCCGAUCAGUGUUACUGUUGACAAAAGAGAGGAUAAGAAAAGUCAAAAACUGAAAGCAACUCCACCUCAGGAUACUACACAAGAUAAAAAAGAAGACAGUGUUAAAACCUCUCCUGCUGAUGCAAAUCAGAAAAUUGGCGAACAGUCCAAUAAAAAACAGAAAAAGAAACCUGAUGCCAAAUCCAGUGUUACGGAAGAACCUGUUCCAAAAGAUUUGCCUAUCAGUUUUACUGUUGACAAAAAAGAAAGUGAGAAUAGUCAAAAACUGAAAGCCACUCCACCUCAGAAUACUACAAAAGAGAAAAAAGAUGACAUUGAUCAAAUAUCUCCAGUUGAUAAAAAUCAGAAAAUAAUCGAGCAGUCCAAUAAAAAGCAGAAAAAGAAACCUGAUGCUAAAUCUAGUGUUGCUGAAGAACCUGUUGUAAAAGAAGAUUUAACUAUUAGUGUUACAGUUGCCAAGGAAGGUGAUGAGAAAAGUAUAAACCUGAAAGCCCCUCCACCUCAGGAUACUACAAAAGAUAAAAAAGAAUACAGUGAUAAAAUAUCUUAUGCUGAUUCAAAUCAGAAAAUUAGUGAACAGUCCAAUAAAAAGCAGAAAAAGAUACCUGAUGCUAAAUCCAUUGUUCUUGAAGAAACUGUUGUAAAAGAUUUGCCUAUCAGUUUUACUGUUGGUAAAAAAGUUGAUGAGCUAAGUCAUAACCUGAAAACUGUUACACCUAUUAUGGAUAAUCCAAAAGAUAAAGAUGGAGACAGUGAAAACUCAUCCCCUGCUGGUGACAAUCAGAAAAGAGGUGAACAGACCAAUAAAAAAGAAAGAAAUAAAACUUAUAUCAAAUCCAGUGUUUCUGAAGAAUCGGUUGUGAAAGAAAAUUUGCCUAUCAGUGUUACAACUGUUGCAAAAGCGGAUGACAAAAGUCAAAAUCAGAAAACUCAUCAACCUAAGGACACUAAAAAAGAUAAAACUGUUGGCAAUAAUAAAUCAUCCCCUGUUGAUGAAAAUCUGAAAAGAGGUGAACAAGCCACAAAAAAAGAAAGAAAGAAACCUGUGGCCAAUUCCUGUGUUUCUGAAGAACCUGUUGUAAAAGAAAAUUUGUCUAUCAGUGUUACAUCUGUCGCAAAAGAGGAUGACAAAUGUGUAAAUCUGGAAACUGCUCAAUCUAAGGAUACUACAAAAGAUAAAAAUGUAGAGAGUGAAAAACCAUCCCUUGCUGAUGAAAAUCUGAAAAUUGGUCAACAAAAUAAAAAGCAAAAAAUGAAACCUGAUAUUAAAUCCAUUGUUACUGAAGAUCCUGUUGUGAAAGAAGAUUUGCAUAUUAGUGUUACUGCUGACAAAAAAGUGGAUGGGAAAAAUCAAAUCUUUGAAACUACUCAACCUCAGGAUACUACAAAAGAUAAAAAUGUAUUCAGUGAUAAACUAUCCCCUGCUGUAAAGAAAGGUAAAGGUCAAAAAGAUGAAACUGUUGCUGAUUCUAAAGUAAAUACUGACAAGGAUAAUGUUAAAAGUAGUUCAGCAAGUGAAACGCCAGGAAGGGUUGUGUCAGAAAUCAAAAGUAUUCAUGAGGAUGGUUUUAAACAAUUUGAGCCUGCUAAAAAUAAAAGUUUUAAUCAAGAAAAGGAACCAUCAAAGAAUAAGAAAAUUAACAAGAAAGAGGAUCAUUUAAGUACUUCCAAUGACUCCCAUGUUAAAACUGAUCAAACAAUUUCAGAUCAAACUACCAAACCAGUAGAAAAAAGUGAUUUGAAAUUAAAAGAAGUUCAUAGUGUUUGCUAUUCUCCGAUCACAGAUAAAAGUAAGUCGUUAGAUAAGGAAACAAUAACAACAGACACAAGUGAAAGUUUGUUUGAAAGACUUUCAACCAGUAGCAAUCCACAAGAAGAUGAAGGACAGUCAUUUAAUAAUAUAAUGGUUGAUAUAAUUUCAAAGCUGGAUGAAGCAAUAUUAAAAGCUGAUGCAAACAUAAAAGAAAAAGAAAUGCCUAAAGGUAAUUCACAAAGUAAUAAACCAAGAACUAUAAAAGAGAGUGAACAAGAGCCAUCCUUUCCUGAAACUAAAGUGCAAACAACACCAGAGGGUUUUAAAAGUGAAAUCAAACUUAACAUUGGUAAUCAUGGUAGUAUUGAUACUGCUAGGGAGAAUGAAGAGAAAGGAGUGUUAGAUUCCUGCAAAACAGAAUCGUCUGCUCCUCCCUCACGUUUAGUUAGAAGGAACACAAAGAAAAGUAAGCAGCUUUCUAUCAGACAAAUUGAAAAUAACAACCUUGAAAAUCCAGAAAGUGUUGCUACAGGAACAUCACCAAUAGAAAAAGACAACGAUUUUGUGAAUCAGAGGGUUGCUGAAAAGCCAGAUUCUGUUGAUGGCCAAACAAAAAUUAAUGAAACAAAAGAAGAAGCUUCUCCAAAAUCAACCAAAGAGCAGAAUAUAAACACUCGUAAAGAAGUUAAAAAUAUUGUUUCAUCAGAUUCACCAAGUGAAGAAAUCGUUACUAAAACACCACCUACCAUUGAAACAGACUCAUCAGAAAUUGUAAAUACUAAACCCAAAAAGGAUAAGAAAAUCCCAAGAGAAAACAGGAGUAUUAAAACUACUGAAUUACAGAAAGAACCCUUAGCACUAAAAAAGGAUGCUAAGGUUUCUAUAGACAACCAAACUGAAAAAGCCCCUAUUGUGGUAUCCCUACCAGAAACACCAUCUACAGCAGAAUCUCCUGCAGUCAUCGAAAUCGAGUUGAAUGAAAGUACACCACUAAGCGACCUAACUAAAGAUGUUAUAAAGCCAUUUUUCAAACGUUCAUCGCCAAAUAUUUUUGCUUUUGAUGACACUACACCAACAUUUCAAAACAUCAAGGAAACAGAUGGUAGUACAGAAGCAAAAAGUGAGCAAAAAGAUGAUUCACAAACUAAAGGAAAACCAAAGAAAAAGCAACCAAAAUCCAUUCCUGUUAAGGCUGAUCAACCUGGAAAGGUAGAUCAGGUUAACAUUAAGGAAGAGAAAGUUGUUUUAGAUGAAACUGAAAUAGAGCAAAGUACAUCAUUCAAAGAUCACAGCCAACGUUUGCCAUCUUUGAGAAGAGAAAAAUCACCAUUACUAGCUCUGGCACCGCCUUGGAUGGCAAAAUUGGUCCAGGGAGAACAAUCUAACAUUGAAGUAGAAAGUAAAGGGUUGAAAACACAUGACAGUUCAGUUUUAAAGCCUUCUGAAAAAGAAACUGAAAUCGUCUCAGAAGCAAUUGAAGUUGGUAUUUUUGGAUCGGUAAAAGAAAGACCUAAACCAAUCACGAGUCCUGAUGAAAUAAAGAUAAAACAGCAACCAAAUAUCAAAAAACACAAGAAAAAAUCUGAUUCUGAGACCAAGGCGAAGACAGGCAAAAAAGAACUCGUCCCUAGUAAAGAAGUCUUAGAUGAACAAGAUGGCGGUCUUAAAAAUAAGCCACUAACCUCAGAAACCAAGCCUGUUAAAAGUUCUUUUGAAAGCACUGAAAAAGCAUUGUCAACUCAAAUAUCAGAACAAAUUUCACUGAAUGAACCUGUAAAGCAACAGAUUGAUAAAAACAAGAAGAGUAAACAGAAGAAGGGAGAUAAAAGCGAUGUACCUGUUACAAAUAAAGACUUUUCUGUAAAUGUAACAGAAAUUGAAUCAAAACCUCAAGAGGUUCAAACAAUACUGAAGGGUCAAGAUUCUGUCAAAGAGGCUCAAGAAGAAAAGUUGUCCGAUAUAAACUUGAAGGCUGUAGAUAAAGAAAGUAAUGAAAAAGGAAAAACCAACAAAAAGGAUCAUCCUAAAGUAAAUAAAGUAGAAACACCUUCAAAGAAAGCUUCCGGUAAGAUAGAUGAAAAUGUUGAACCAACUAAAGCAGAAACAGCAGCCAAACUAGAAAAGGAUAUCCCGGUUGAUGAGUCUUUAAACACCAAUAAGACAAGUGAAGUUGAGAAAUCUCCUGCAGAAAAAACUGCCAAUCGUCGAAAAGAAAAAAGUAUUGACAGAAAAGAUAUUACUGUUCCUCCUCAAACAAAGAAAAUUGAACAAAAAGACCUUCAGAGGGAAACAGAACCAAAACAAGAAAAACAUUAUCUAGUAUUUCAGGGGGAUGUCACUGCACCAGUUAAGCAUAAAGAAAAGAAUAUGAAAGUGAAGGAUGAGGAAAUAACCAAAAGUGUGACAAAUGUUAGGACUGUUGAAAAUAAAGUUCAAAAAACUUUGGUCUUGGAAUCAUAUGUGUUGGGUCAAGUAACUGACAUACCAGAAACUCUAAAUACCGUUAUAACCGAGGGAAAUAGGGACACAAGUAUAGAAGUUUCAGUCAUUAAGGAAUUGAAAGUGGAUCCAUUUUGUUGUGCUCCAAAGUACCCUUUACAUGAAAUUGAAGAAGCUGAAAAACAAAUGCAUCAGAUAAAUAAUGUAAGUGAAAGUGUCGUCACAGAGGGAAGUGAUGAUAUAUCAACUCAUUCAGACAUAAAAUCUAAUGAAUCGGUAUCUUGGGCUAAGAUAGCAGCAAAAGAUAAGGUUGUUAAAGAAGAAAUAACAGAAGUUGUCUCAACAGGUGCUGAUAAUGUACAAAAACCCAUACCAAUUGUUAUCUGUUCUGAUGAGCCAGAAGAUAAUGUUGUUCCCACAGAGCCACUUGUUAACGUAGAUCCUGAAGGUUUCAUGGAGUUUGUUCCCAAAAAGGAGAUUCGUAAAAGAAAGUCAAGAUCUAGAUCUCGAACUCGAUUAGAUUCAGAUAAACUCAAUAGUGAAGACACCAAGAAAGAAUCUUCAAAAGAAAUUAAAAGUUUGGUCAUUGACGAUGUUGACAGUAUUAAAGUCCAUGUAGUUUCAGAAGUAGAUUUGGAAAUGAAACCUAAACCAAAAGAAGGACUAAGUUCAUGUUUGUAUCAAACUAAAAUCGAUAACAAGAAGUCAGUUAAAUCACUUAGUGAGCCAACAGAAAUGAAUCAAUUAUUGAAAGUUGCAGGACACCAUUCAAGGACUAGAAGCCGUAGUCGGAGUAAAACCCAUUGUCGAUCCCGAAGCAGAAGUAGGAAAAUUUCAGAAACUGAGAAAGAAGUUGAUGACAUUCUAAGAGCGUGGAGUAGGGAAGAGGUUCUUCAGCAAAACAUAUUUUUGGACAAUACGUUCUGGGUGGAUAAGUGGAAAUAUGAUGAUGCAGAAAAAUCUCUUCACAAAAUGUUUACCAGCCCCUCAAAUGAGCAAAUACUUACCAUUGAUACUGAUGACAAACAUGGGGAUGAUCGUGACGAUAAAGGUCCAAGUAGUGGACCAUCUUCACCUGGAUCAAAGAGUGAUGAAAAGGGGAAUCAAGGCAGUAAGUUCAAUCUAUUAACAGACAAAUGUACUGCUGACUUGCCUCAUGGGGUUGGAGCAUGGUCAGAUUCCAGUACGUACAUUUCAGAUGAGAAGUCUCUUGUUCAACAGCCAGACGACAUUAAUCCUGUGAAGGUAACACAAAUUUCUUCUACUAGUGAAGAUAAAUACAACGAAAAUUCUGUAGAAAAAUCUGUGACAAAAGAUAUUGUCUAUACUAUUACAGAGAAAUUCCUGAUACCAAAUGCUGAUGUCUUGGAAGAAAAAUCCUCCGUACAGCCUAUCAAAGAUGAUAGGACGAUUACUGAGGAGGAGGUCGAUGAUCACAACAAGAAGAUGUAUUCAACAGAAGAAAUAAUAACAACAGGCGUACAACCAAGUACAGAGGCAUAUAAUAGUUCUACAAUUGACUUUAGUGAAGAAAAGCCCUGGAAGCAACCUGCAGAAGAGGACUUAAAGAAUUUUGUUGGGGUUGGUGAUCAGAACAACAAGAUCUAUUUAGGAGAAACAGUUACAGUAGGUAUGCAACCUACAGUACAGACAUUUUGCGGUUCAAAUAGUGACGUCCCUAAAGAAAGUUCUGCGACACAAUUUUUAGUUGGUAGGUCCCUCGAAAAUCCUGUAGGUCCUGUCGUUGGUGUGGGUGAUCAAGCAAAGAUUUAUACAGCAAAAGAAUCAAUAACAGGGAUUAUGUCUGAACGAGUAGAUUUGUCAGAGACUCAUUCCCUAUACUCAAAUGAAAAAACUCCCAUUCAGCAUCAGCCAGAGAGUGGAUCCCCGGACACUCCAAUCACCACGUCACAGUUUACCAAACUGUCAAAGGUUACGUUGGCAGCAGAUCUGGAUAGUCUCAGAAGAGAUUUGGCAGUUACAGAAGACCAGUUGAGGGCUUUACCUACAGAAGGAGUGGAGGAAAUGCUGGACGCCCUAGUAAAAUGUGGAGGAGAUUUGAAAACUUAUGAGCUGACUGCCGGGUGUAUCCGCGAAGGAGUUCUCGUACUCCCUCAGGACGAGGAGACAGAAGCCCUUCAAGUUGAGGUGGAUAAAGUCCAGGAGAGAAUAACAGUUCUGGAACAACAGGUGGAGGCUGGAAAGCAGAAGCUCCAGUCAUGCCAUGAUACCAAGGACAAACUGCAGAAGGAGGUUGUUGAAUAUCGUAUGUUGAUGGAGGAACUUGAGAAAUGGGUUGCUGGAAUAAAACUGAUGCUACUAACUGACCUACACAAAAACAAUGCCGAGGAGCAGGUCAAAGUCCACCAGAAAUUGUUGGAAGAUCUGGUUCAGAGGCAGAAGAAGCUAUCAGAGUUGAGGUCUUUGUGUGGCAAUCUGGAAACUUUUAAAGACGUUAAGGAGCUAGCAGAAAAUCUUAAUACUUCACUAACGUCGCUCGACUCUGAACUGUGUUCAGCCAAGAACCUCACUGAAGCUCGCCUAAAAACUCUUCAGGAUCUGCUCAAAGUUGAACCAGAGUUGCCAGCCCCUGUUCUCACACCUUCCCCUGUUGCUGCUACUUACCCAGUAUUAUCUCCUGUAGAAUCUCCUGUUCAUGAGGCCUCUAGAGAUGAUACAAUUACUUCUAAUGUAUCUCCUAUUCCGGAAGAAGAAAUCGCUGUACAUGUUUCACAAGAUCUAGAAGCGCCCAAGCCUGAAUUAAUUGCUCAGGAUUCAGGCACACAAACUGGUAGAAGUCUAAUUCUAUCUCCAGAAAAACAGGUACACAUGGAAGUUCAGACAGAUUCAAUAGCAGAUGCGCCAACUGCUAUUGCCAUUCAAACUGACGAUAAAGGUUGGGAACCAAAGGUUAUGCCUAAAGGAAAAAUACAGAUCCUUCAAAAAGUUGAAGGUAAUGAAGAAACUAUAGAAAUUGCUACUAGAAGCAAUGUUGACAGUCAAUUGGACCCUGAAACAACUAGACCCGGUGAAGACUUAACCGUAGAAAUCAAAUACAAGGAGAAUAAAGAUUGCAACGAGCCUUCUGUAUCUGAGCUUAAUAUUUCUCAUGAUGAACCUCAGUCCUUUGAAACUAUUAUAAUGGACCCUGGAGAGUGUUCUACUGAAGUGAUUGUAGACGCUGAUGGUACGAAGCGUAUUGUUUUGAGGAAGACUAGGAAAAUUAUUACCCAUCGCACAAUGACAUCUGGUGUGAAUGUGGAAACUGUAGAUAUGAAACCCAUCGCAUUUUCCCAAGUAACACUUCAGCAACAACAGAAAUCUGUGACUCAAACGAUGCCUGAUGGUAAGAGAGAGAUUACCACCUCUCAAGGAUACCUGGGUCAAAUUGCCAGUGGGACUCAAGACGGAACUAUCACCACAGCUGAGUUCUCUAACAUGCCACAUCAAUCAACUACUUACCAUACACUUUCAAGCAAUGUAGAUCUACGUAAUAUUCCAGACACCUUAGAAACAUCACAAAUAGACCUAGCUGAACCUACUGGACUCACUGAAUGGACAACUGGUUCCUCAACAGUGAGAGCUGUGGUUCACCAAGUAAGAAGGAGGGUCAUUAGAAGAACCAGAAGAAUAAUCCGGAAAGUUGUCAUAAUUGAUGGCAAAGAACACAUUACGGAAGAAGUUGUGGAGGAGCCAGAAGAAGUUGAAGUUUCAGAGGACGGCAUUCCUCGAGUUAGUAUUGAGAUAUCUAAGGAAGGCCAAGGUGGAAUGACUGUUCAAGAACCAUAUGAAGAAGACCAUUCUCUGCAAGAUGCUGGAGUUGAAAUAUCAGAAAUACUUCCUGGAGAUGACUACGAUGACAAACUUGAAGGGAAGGAAGUCUCUCCGACCACAGUGAGCCCACCAUCUGAAAGUUGUAAAUCUUACGGUCACAUACCUUUGUCAACUAGUGAGCAAGUGAGAGGCCAACAUUUUUCAGAUAUAUUGGAUGCCGAUCUCAAUGAAUCUUCAGGAUGUGUUCCAGAAAAUUAUAGUCUGGCUGAUUAUCAAGAAGCUUUACCAACAGAAAAUGUUAAAACUACAGAUAAAAACGUCAAAACCUUAUUUAUAGAAUCCCAAAAAACUUCAACUAGUUCAACACCUGUUGUUUCUGAAAUUCCAGCAUUAAUCAAAAAGGAUACCAACCUAGAAUCUGAAUGUAAACUCCAUGAGGACCCUGCUUUGUUAGAAUGCAAACCUUCAGAAUCUAUACAGAGUACUCCAUCAAAAAAACCCCUUUCUGCUGAAAACCCAUUAGCUGGUGAAAUUUUACCGGGUCGAUUACCAAAAAAAGGUAAGAAAACUCCUGAUAAAAAGCCUCCAAAGAAAUCUAAGGAAAAAUCUCCGAGUCCUUCAGACGAAGCAAAAUCUACUUAUGAUAAACAAAUUCUUCAAAAGACAAGUGAAGUUAAAAAACCCCAACAUGAAACCUCUCCACCCUUACCAGUGGAUGGUGAAAUCACAGUGGUCACAAAAUCACAAAAGUCUACCCUACCACUAGAGAAACCGAUUAAGUCUAAAAUACAUGAAGAACCUAGUGUAAGUGAAAGUCCUACUUCUGAAGACAGUAACCCUGGCCUGCAAUCAGGAGCAGACAAACCAAAAGAAGAAGUGAUAUCAAUUCCUGGAGUUGAUGACUCUAAACCUACCCCAAAAACCAAAAGUGGCAAAAAGGCAAAGAAAGGUUACAAGGAUGAAGGAAAACAACCCAGAGAACAACAGUUAAGAACAGAAGAAGAACCUGAAAAAAGAGUUCAUCCAAAAGAUACAUUGACCAAACAAGACCUUACAAAAGAUGUAAUUGACAUAACUGAAGUAAAGGAUGUGCCCUCACCCAAAAGUACCAUUGACAACAAACAUAAAGAACCAAUUAAUAGGGAAACAAAAACUAAAGUAAUUGAACGGGAAAUAGAUACACCUUCAGUUAUCGAGGACAAAGGACUUGAUUUGGAAGGAAACCCAUCAUUAUUUAGUGAUAAAAAUAGUAAAGAUAUAUCUUCAGAUGAAUCCUUGCGUGAUACAAUUUCAGACAUUACUAAUGAAGCAAGCAAAUCCACCAUACCUGUGGUUGAGAGUGAAGAAAAUAAAAAGGUUGACAUUUUACCUGUUGUUGCGUUGAAGAGGGGUGAACUGCUUCAGGAAACCUCUCGGCCUGAUGGUAAAUUGUUAGGCAAUAUAGAGAUAGAGAUAACCGUAAAAGAAACGUCAGACUCAUUGGAAGAGUGUAUUCCAAAAGUGGCUAGUGGCACCAAGAUUGAACCAAAAGUUGUAGAGGAUGAAAUAAAGGAUUCUAUGGAGAUUGUAAAACAAAAAUCUGAUGUUGUUUUACCAGCAGUGGUGCAGGUAACAAAAGAAGUAGUAAAAAAGAUGGAACCCUCAAAUUCUAGUUCAUCAUCUGAAAAAAGUAAAAGAAAACAGAAAACUAAAACACCUUCUCCUGAAGAACUGUCCACACCUACAUCUCUUGCAGAAUCAAUGGAAAUUUUACUACCUGAAUCUCCAAAUUCCACUGAUACAACAAAACCAACACAUCAAGAGAUAUUUGACAUUUCAUCACCAAGAUCCGAUAUUUCUCAGCUUGAUAGUAUUAAAACGUAUGAUACUGGAUAUGAAGGAGAAGAUAAAACUACAGUGGAUGAAUCCUCUUUGAAAGAGGAUGAUAUUUCUAAAUCCAAAAAGAAAAAGAAGAAAAAACAGAAACUCAAGGAAAUAAUUCCUGACGAAUCUAGUAUUGAACCAAAAUCAAGUGACUUUGAGCCUUCAGAUGCUGUUGAAGAUGUUGGUUUUACUGCAAAAGACUUAAAAACUAAAAAAACCAAGGGCAAGAAGGGAGAUAAAAAGAACAAGAGUGACAAGAAGGAAGAAGAAAUUCAUGUUGCUGAAAGUGCUGCUGAGGACAUUGCAGAAGGUUCUGUAAAAGAUUUAAGUGACCAUUCAGCAAGUGAAGGCAUUGUAAAAAUUAUUCAAGAAUCAAUGCCCACUGGCUCUUCAAGUGAAGCUGAGGAGUUUAAAUCAUCCAAAGUACUCACAUCUGUACCUGUUUUGGAAAUACUUCCAACACAAUCAGAAUCAGUCCAAACAACACCACCCAUACUGGAAGAUGUACAGCCCACUGAAACAGCUGAAACAUCAACUCAAGUAAGUCAAACUACUCAAGAAAUGUUCGCUCAAACACUCACACCUGAGAAUUCAAGCAUUGAGGCUUACAUUCAAACAAUUCCUGAAGAGUUAGUUCCUACCACAGAAGAAUCAGCGCAGACACAUACCCCUAAAGCACAGUCGCCCAUUCAAACUAUGGAUUCAACCAUGCAAACUUCAGAAGAAGAUAAACCAUCUCAACAAGAAGAAGAAAUUCAAACUGAUAAGGUAAAAAUAAGUUCUUCGGACAAUGUAGAUACCAGUAUGCAAACUGUAGCUGAGGAAAAACCUGUUUUCCAAGAAGAAAUGGCUCAAACAUCUCCGGAACCAGAAAUGAUUCAGUCUGCAAGCCAAGUAAUUUCAAGUGAUUUAAUUCCUACAGAAGAAGAAGAAAGUCAGACUGUUGAACAAACUGUCACCACGGUUGAUUUAUCAACUCAAAUAAAAUCAUCUGAUCUGAUACCAACUCAUGAUGAAUCAAUACAGACAGUCGUUGAAGAAACUGCCCCAUUGAAUAUCACCCAACUUGCUGAUAAGCAAGAACUACCUGAGGUAACUGUUUCUAAAGAUAUUAUAGCUUCACAGAGUGAUCCUGUAUCUGAACAAGCUAAAGUUUCGCCACCAGAAAUUGUAAAAACUGCAGAUUCAACAUCACAAACAAAACCAGUCAAGAUAAAAAGUGAUAGCGGGUCUGAUGAGACCUACCCUGUAACUGAGACACCUUUUAAAAUACAAAUAGAAGCAACCGUGACUUAUGGGCCGGAGUUUGACACUGAUCUGUCAACUUCAGAGAGUAAGAGUGAGUUGAGUACCACAAAUAAACCUCCCAAACAAAUCUGUGCUCAGCCAUCAACUGAUACCACUGAUAGUGACGUUUCUUCUUGGGUGUCACAUAAAAUGAGAUCACCUUCUCCUCAAAAUAAAAAGAAUAAAAAGUUCAAACAGAAAAAACAGAGUUUGUCAGAGAAAGGUAUUAAACCUGUUGUACAAUCUGGCUCAGAACUUAAACCUGAUACAAAAGAAGAAACUUAUGAGGAACACAGUGGCAAACCUGACAUCAAAGCCAAAAUAAUGUUUGAUGUUGAUGAACACAGGUCUUCAGUAAAACCUGAACUCGUUGCAGAAAUAUCUCAAGAUAAAAAUACAUCUGCUCUUUUCAUUCAAGCUGAACUUAAACCAGAACCCAAAUCUCAACAAUCAGAAAUUGUACCUGCCUUUUCACACAGUGUUGAGUUAGAAAUGUCCUCAGAUAAACCUAAAACUUCAGAUACUUCCAAGUUAGGUAAAAAAUCAAAGAAAGAUCGUAGAAUACGCCAAAGAGCAGACACUAAGGCUCUUCCAGAAGCUUCUUUAGUUCUCAGUCACGAGGAAUUAAGAGGAGAGCAUUCUCCUGGACCACCAGGUAAAUUUAAAGAUAAAAUUGAUGGUUCAAAAACUGAAAAACCUAGUAAAACUACAAAACUUGAGAAGGAUCCUCCUUCGGAGAUUGUGAAUAUUCAAAGCACAUUGACAACACCUCGAGAAACAAGAAAUGUAGAAUUUUCUUCACCCAGCAGUACAGUGGACGUUCAUUUCACGAUCCAUGAAAGGCCAGAUAAAUUGACUCUUCAGGAAAAGAUAACUACAGGUAGUAAAUCAAAGGGCUUUGAAAUUGACACAAAAGUGAUUUCUCCUGAUGGUUUCAAAACCGAUAGUCAAACCUUUAUAGACUAUGAAAUCACAUCAGAUUUUAUCUCAACUCCGAGUGAAACACCGCAGGACUCGGAUCUUGACACACAAAGCAAACCAAAAUCAAAACACACUACUAAAAACCGAGAUAAAGAGCCUAAAGUUACUGAAACUGAGUUUAAAAAACCUAAAGUCAAGACAGGAAAUGUGGAAGACACUAAUGUGGACAGCCAACUCAAAAAGGUUGGGGACACCAUAUGUAAUAGGGUUAAACAAGCACAACAACCAGCAAGCACUACACAUAUCCUGUUUUUAACAUCGUUGGAACAGGAAAAACCGACCAGCGAAGAGCAGGCUAACCAACUAGAAGACAGUUUGGAAAAGCUUAAAAAAGCAAUCAAGAAACAAGAUGUGAUCGUGAUACAGCAGACAAUCAUUUUGACAGUCGAGACCAUCUCUACUUGGCUGGAGACAAUUGAAUACAGAAUCCAACAUAUAAAGCAAUCCUCGUCGCACGGCACUGUACCCGAGCAGAGACUCGAGCAGUUGGCGCAACUGCAGGAUGAGAUUGCUAAAAUAGAGUCAGGUGUGGCAACACUGGGUGGUAUCAUCACUCAAACAGACGGCAGCGGGGAACAGAACAUCCGCUACAUCAUAGACAGUCUUCAGCAACAGGUGGCUACAGUGGAGGAAAUCGCAACGACUACACGCAAUAUUGCCGACAAGGACUUGGCCAGAUGGGAGGAGUUUUUGAAUAAAGUCAACAACAUCAGUGUGCUUGUUGAGCAGUUACAGACCGAGUUGGAUGAACUGGUUCAAGACCAGAACACUCCUGCCAUGGUGAAGCUAAAAAACCUAGAGACACUGGAGGCCACUAAUCAGAGCCACAAAGCCAAGUGUGCAGAGUUGAUGUCUACGGCUCACGUCCUGCUGAGAGACUAUCCUGGCAGAGUGAUACCUCUGGAAACUUACACCACACAGGACAAUACACAGGCCAUACAGCACAACAUCAAUGCAGAAAGAGAAAAACUGCUACAGCUGGUAUCCCUGGCUGAGGAAUACGAGCAGACGUUGAAGGACUUUGCCCAGAUCACGGACGUUGCUGAAGCGUUGGUCGAUGGACCGAUAGUAGUGUCGGAUCUACAACAUCUACAGGAGGAGAUGCAAAAGCAUCGUAAGUUCUUUGUGAACCUGAGUCAUUGCCGAGGUAUCCUUGAGUCUCUGGAGGGUCAUUUGGACAGUGAGACAAGGACCAAACACUCAGCUCUGCAUGAUGAACUGCAUCGCCGUGCCUCCAUGAUCUUAGACAAGGCCGCAGGUAGAGCCCAGCAGAUGGCGUUGGCAGCUUCACGCUGGACUGUACUGGAGCAAGGGAUGAAGGAGGAAAGGGGGUGGCUCCAAGUGGCCAAUCAGAGAGUACCUGACCUGUCUAGCGUUUCCACCACUGACUACAAUCAGUACAUCUCUCUGUACCAGGCGUUGUCAAGUGAUAUCGCACUACACUCGGCCAGAGCAGGUCAGCUGGUGUGUGUGGCUCAUGGGCUGCAAGGCUUAGUGCAGAGUGAGAGUUGUGCUUCCUAUGACGAACAUCACGCUGCUAUACUGGCACUCCAGACUGAUGUAAACACCGAGCUUGGUAGAUUGCUGGCCUUCAGAGAUAGCUGGACGGCCUAUGAACUGCUGUCUGAUAAACUAGAUGCCUGGGUGAGAAGUGUCCCUGCAGAUACCUCACCUAACAACAUGAGGCAGUUCUGGGAAUUGAAGGCUCAGUUUGAGCUUCACAAGCACUUGAAGGACGAGGCUGCCACACACCUAGACACAGCUCUGCGGGUGAUCCCAGCGGCUGAUGAGACACUACAACGGCAACUAUACACUGUGUUACUGGACAGAUGGAAAGCCCUAGAAGGCAGGCUGGACAGUAUGCAGUCUGUGGCCUUGGAGAAUGUGAGCUCCAGCAGUGGUUCAGUUGAGGACAAGCUAGGAAGGCUGGAGAGAGAGCUAACUGAGCUGGCCACUCUACUGGCUGACAUGCACGGCGUCAUCAAGACUGAGGAGGAGUUGCAGUUGUACAUCGAGAGGCUCCAGGUGAUGAGAGGCAGUGUUGAUCACAUCAUGGAGCAACUGUCUCGUCUAGGACUACUGUCUACUGCACAAAGCGACCGUGUCAGUUGUCUGCUGAACGGAGCCCGCACCACGGAGAUGUCCUUGCGCGAGGAGCUGGAGGGCGCGACACUGCUGCGUGACAAGCUGGCGACUCUGAGACGAGGAGUGGUGCGCGUGCGACGCGACCAACAACGGGCUGCCUCGGUGCUGGACCAAUGUGAGGCUAGUCUGUGUGAAAACCAAGACACAGUGCAACAGGCCCUCGUCAACUGCCAGGGAGUGGAGGAGACCCUGACUCUACAGUGGACAGAGCUGAUGGCGUUGCGUCAGCUACUACACACAUUGCCAUCACGUCUGCGCCUGUCUAUGAGUCCAGUGCGGGUAGAGAGGGAACUGGCGCAACUACAGGACGACCACAGCGAGCUGACGGCUCGAUGCAAGAAUCUGUAUGGCAGCCUGGCGCAGAGGCUAGCACUGUGGCGCAGGUUCUACAGUCAGCUGGAGCUCGUACAACAGUCAGUGAGAGAGACCGACUACAUGAUGGAGAUUCUGGCUGUGCAAGGCAAGGUGGACUACGAGCGACUGGUCAAAGCUACUGAGAGACUAGAGGGUCUGUCCGAGUCGCUGGGUGAGCGAGAGGUCCAGCUGGAAGGUCUGCGGUCGGCCGCCGAGCCUCUGCAGUCGUCGUGUUCCCCGGAGGUGGCCAAGGAGAUAGAGGCCGCGGUGACGGAGGUGGUGGCCGCCUGGGAAGACACGGUCACCUCGCUGCAGGGACUGUGUACCAGGUACCAGCACGCUGUGCAGCUGUGGCGGCAAUACAGGGAGGCCAGCGAGGCGCUCAGCACCUGGGCUGAUGGCGCUGCUGACGCCGUGGACAACGUUGACCCCAAGCUGGCGGUGCAGCAUGUCAAGGUGUGCGAAGAGAAGCUAGCCUCGCAGCAGGCGCGGCUGGCCGAGCUGAAGGAGCUGGUGGCUAGGAUAGCCGCUGACGUGGGGCUGGACCCGGACACUCUGCUCGGGUCAGAGGUCGCCGUCCUGGGAAGCAAGCUGGAGGAUGUCCGAGAGACGCUGGCCGCGCUGGUUGAGGCGGCAGAGGACCGGGUCGACCAUCAGGAGAAAUGCGCCGAGGACCUGCGGGAGGCGAAGGAUUUCCUCACCACCGUCCAGAAGAGUCUGCAGGCAGUGGACUCAUCAGGUGGGGAGGGUACACUGGAACAGCUGACGGCUCUCAGAAGCCACCUGAUAGCUCUGGGGAAGACUGACGGACAGAUACAGGCGCUGCGGGACAAGAGUGCAGACCUGCCACCUACCAAACAGGACAUCUCUGUCAUGGAUAUUCUGCAGCUGUGGCAGCAGGUGUUCCGUGAGACGUUCCAGCAGUACCACCGUCUCUCCGCCCGACUGGUCCACAACCAGGAGGGUCUGGAAGCUCUACGGCUUUGGGAGGAAUACCUGCUGCAUGUUCAGACCUUCCUCACCUCCGCCAUACCUGACGACUACAACACACUGUCCGAGCACAAGAACCUCUGUCAGGUUCACCAGAAUCUACUGAGCAGUCAACAGUCUCUGUUGAACAAACCUGAGGCGUCAGUGGAGCUGUCAGUCGCAGAGCAGUUUAACAGUCUUACCAACCUGCACAAUGAAACGUUAGCUCGUAUCAUGGAACGGGAGGCUCAGGUUCGCAACCGCAUGAAUGUCUGGGACCAAUAUCGCAACGAACACAAAUCUCUGCUAGCUUGGCUGACCGAGACGGAGAAAGAGAAGAACAGGAUGAGGCUGAGAUAUGUCCACAUGAGGAUGAUACCUAACACCAUCCAGAAGAUACAGAUAAUGCUAGACAAGUUGCCGGAGGGUGAGCAGAAGGCCGAGAGGCUGGGAGUUUUGCUUCAACAACUUUGUCAGUUCUGUGAUGAGACUCUGGCGACGUCACUUAGGUUGGAACAUGCAGCCGUAUCAGAGAAGAUCAACAGCAUGAGAGCUGCUUUAUACACUUGGCUGAACUUCCUAAGGAGUCUGCGAGAGCUGACGGAGAGGUAUGAGCGAGAGGUGGAGGGAGUGCAGAGGACAUUUAGUGACAUCCAUGUAGCUCUGGAGGACAGUGUGGUGGAGGGCGGAUGUGUACCCCCUGGACAUCACGGCCUCCAGCAGCGACUAGACACUCUCAAGGCUGCCAGGGAACGGGUGACUGCCGUGUCCAAAGACUUGGAACUGCUAGGAGUGACUCAGGAACAGCUGAAGGAAUCGUUGGACCCUGUAGAUGUGAGGACAGUCAGUCAGAGGGUGUGGCUGUUACAGCAACAACAAGGCGACCUGGAGCAUCAGCUGGACAUGGCGAUAUACCAGCUGGACGAGCGACUGCGCCAGGGACAGAUGUUUGACAAGAGGGCGGAGAGGUUCCUGGUGUGGGCCGGAGGUGUUGACCGCAGACUGGAGGGGUUGUCCAGCGGAGGCGCAGGAGAGCCCGCAGACCAGUUACGCAGAUUGGAGACAGAGCUGGAGGCCGAGGUGGGGCUGCGGCGCAGAGAGGCGGAGUGGCUGCAAGACUGUGGCGCAGAACUGGUGGAGGCUGAAGGGAUGGAUGCCACACCUCGCCGGGCCCAUCUCACUGCCAGAUUAUCAGCAGUCAACGAUGCGUGGGAGAGAGUCCAACAAUUGACAAGUUCUCGAGCCAAUAAGCUUAGACAGAUCAUUGAGGGCAUGAGCUCCUUAGAACAAAGGAUAGAAGAGUUGAGAGGCUGGUUACAUUCGAUAGAACUUCAACUCGCCACACCGAUCAUACUCGAGCACUGUACACAGGCUGGGCUGGACAAGUGUAUGGCCCACCAUGAUGCUCUGACCAAGGACAUAGAGCAGCACAGUGGUACAGUAGCAGAUGUACUGAAUCAUUGUGAACUUCUGCUGAAUGACUGUGACACAGCCAAUGUACAACUUAACACUGACGGAAUCUCCACAUCUAUGCAACUGCUAGAGAGGAGGUGGAAAAACGUCUGCGUGCUAGUGACAGAACGGAAAGCCAAGCUGCUGCGGACAUGGCAGUUACUUCAGGAAGUGCUGCGUUUGUGUGAGCAGCAGGCUGCGUGGCUGCGUGUGCAGACUGAGGCUCUAGACAGAAUAGCCACACAGACAGACGAGGCUCAGAUACAAGCCAUACCUGGAUUGAUCACCGAUGUGGAGAGAGUGGUGACCGAGGUGGAGUGUCAACGACCGGCACUGGAGCUACUACAAUCCUCCUACACUGCCUUGGCUACACAGAGCUCGUUGGACAGCUUAACUACGGACGCACGUAGCAGGAUAGCAGAGUGGUCUGCACUGCGCAGUCGGGCGGAUCACCUGCUGACUAGACUGCAUGUGGCACAGGACCGGUGGUUGAGGUUUACAGAGGCUCAUGGUGCAGCUGUAUUAGCCUUGACCAAUGUUGACGUACAGCUGACUCAGAUAGACUUGCUGGAGACUGCAGACAACGCUGAUAUUGACUCUUACAAGAACAGACUGAAGGCGCUGAUGCUGUUGAAGAGAGAACUGGAAAGCCAAGGAGAGUUGCUGAAGAGGGCCGACCAACUGGGUCUAGACGUGAUGAACAGCUGUUUGCCCCAGGACGUCUCCUCUGUGCAGCUGAUGGUGGACGAGUACCAGCUGUUAUGGAAGGACAUCAUGGAACGGAUGAAGAAACUCAUCGAGGCUUGCCGUGAGGAGUGCCGAAAGAGAAAUGUUGUCCAUGAAGAGGUGCAGGUGGAGACGCUGAGGUUUGAGACUGACACGUCUGUGCAGGUCAACACUCUGCCGACACCCCUGUUGCGGCGAGAUGCUUACAUCUAUGAGCUUCAGACGGCCAUCAAUGAGUGCAACUCCAACCUUGACACGCUGGCCACUCUUGAGAAACUUACAACUCAAAACUCUGCCAAGUGUGUGGCGGCAUGUCAGUCGAGUGUGGAUCUGGUGAAGCAUCUGAGCUGUUUGUUGAUGGAGCAAUGUGGAGCUACGGAGCAACAGGCUAGCUCCACGGAGGUACUCCAGCUGGAGCAGCGCUACCAACAGCUGUUGUCUCAGAAACAAGCCGAGGACAGGGAGAGACGAGAACUCAGGUGCCCUACAGACGAGUCUUCCUACACGUUUUAUUGUAUACAUGAGUCAGGUCGGUUCACUUGUCCGCUGUGUACUCGCCGCAACUGGAAACAGCUGGACAACGACCUGUGGAGGCUACAGAAGUGGCUGGAGUAUGCAGAGGCAACACAGGGUGCUCAGACCUCGCCUCCGACCAACAUCAACCAACUGGAGGAUGUCAUACAGGACCAGAGGGAAUUCCUACUGGACCUGGAUAGCCACAAGUCACUGGUAGUUUCACUGAAUACGGUCGGCCGACACUUAGCCGAGCACACUGAGGACGAGGCCCGCGCACGUGACAUGACCGAGCGCCUGGCAGAGAUCAACCGACGCUGGGACAAUGUGUGCGCGGAGGCUGCCCGGUGGGAGACUCGACUACAGACGUCGCUAUUGCAGAACCCAGAGUUUCACGAGACCAUAGAUGAGUUGGUUCAAUGGCUGGAGCAGACGGAGAUUCAGAUUCAGCAGAUGGAGCCUGUGGAUGUUGCCGAGGGAAGGGAAGUCAUCGAGUCUAAGUACAACAAGUUCAAGGAUCUGCGUCACGACCUGGAGGUAUGUGAGCCGAGAGUUAUGUCACUACAGGAAGCUGCGUGUCACCUGCUGCGGCACAGUGAGUCCGUGGACACAGAUGCCUGUGAGCGACUCACACAUCUGCGUCUGCGUCUGCAGAGUCUUACACGGCUCACGGCGUCAUAUCUGCUCAAACUGGGUGCUGUGCUGGGCCGUGACCCCGUGUCACAUGCGUCACUCGCCACACUGUCACACGAGCUAUUGGAUCAAGCUGCAGGAGGUGCAUCCAGUUCUCGAUCUUCUACCGACCAACUGCACUCAAACUCUGAGGGUAUUGUGGACACCAGUGUGCUGGCUAGAGGUUAUCGCUUCCUGGGCCGUGUGGUGAGGGCGUCCUUGCCAAUCCAGGCGCUCAUGCUGGUGAUGCUGGGAGUCGCGUCUCUAGUGCCGAUCACAGAGGACGACUUUGCGUGCAGCAUCACCCGGGGCUUCGGCCCCACACUCAGAUAUGUCAACGGGCCACCGCCCAUGUAGGCAAACAACUAGCCUACAAUUGCAAAAAAUAAAUGGAUUUUGACAAACCUAGAAACACGUCAAUGGGUUAUUACCCAUCUAACUGACAAACUAGGUACUUUGUACUUGUCAACUGUGUAUGACGUAACAGACAACUAACCGACCAAGACAAGAAACAGGCUGUGAUACUGUUAUACCUAUUAUGUCAAGAAACAUUCAUUGACCAACUAUUUUUUUAACAAAAGCUUUAACCACUUCUACUUUCUAACAUUGCCAUCAAACUUAAGGGGUACGGUUUUAUUUAUAGUUGUAGAUGUACAAAUUUUUAAGUUGAAAAACGUCCAGACAUUUUUUGUAUAGAGGUCUAAAAAUAUUUUGUAAAUUUGUAUCGUUAGUUUACUUUUCUAUUUAUAUUUUGAUACGCUGAUUUUUUACUUGGGCUAACUGACAUAGAGUGGGUGUGUUUGAAGAGUUUGAGAGUUUUUCGGCAGAAAAGACACGUAAAUUUGUGGAACAUUUACGUCUCCUUUCUGUCUGUGUCCAUUACGAUCGAAAUGACUCUUCUCGUCACUUUCAUUUCAUUUCCGAUCCUACUUUGGGAGUAAGUUCCGGUCCGAUGGACCAACCCAGUGCCUACUCACUAGGAGGUCUUUGUUAAUAGGUUAGUAAAUUAAUGUUAAUCCUCAGUUUGGAAAAUAGCUUUUUCAAUCUCCCCUAUAUAUGUUAAUUUUGUCUCUUACUAAAACGUUUUUCGAUCUGCCCAGUUAUAGAAUUGACAAAAUAUUAACUACACAGCUGUUAUUAUUUUGAAUUUUACUGGAAAUUUAUUGUUUCUGUUUUUUUGUGAAAUCGUCUAUCAGUUUUGUUUCGAUAUUAAGUUUUAAAAUAUUGUAGUUUUUAUUUUUUCAAUGUCUAUCGGCUGUAAUAAAUGUUAUGUUAAAUAAGAAAAAUAAAUAUAAGGUU